AUGGGUGACAAACUCAUCUCAUGCGGUGGUCUAUCUCUCGGAAUGGCAGCUAAACUUUUCAACAACUAUCUUUCUGGUAUCAUUGCGAUUGCCUGCUCGGAGGCCAUGACCAUGGGAAUGGAGUCCGGACUAGACCCACGAGUCCUGGCCCAUGCGCCGUCCUCGAGCGGUUAUCAGAAGGGCUUCAAGGCCCAGCUCAUAAAGAAGGAUAUUUCGUUGGCUUUGGACAUGGCCCGUCGCGUGGGAUCGACUAAUGUGCCGGGGAGUGUGGGCUUGCAGGAAUACAAAGAAGCUAGUGAGGAUGAACGACGUAAGGACUUGGACUCACGAAUCGUGUUCCGGUACUUGGGUGGUAAUGAGAACUGGAACACUAAGUAA